AUGAACACAGAACAGUCACACCAGGAUGAACACCUGCUCCAAGGCAAAAAAAGGCAAGAUCUCAAAGAAAUGCUAAAAGAAAUGGGUCUUGAUACUGAGUAUUGGCUGGCACAACUUCAGAAUGAACUGGGUGUGAGCUCUGCCCAAGCAUUACAACACCUGGAAGAAAAAGACCUCCUGAAGCUGAAGGCCCAGACACGACAUUGUUGGGAAAUAAAGGCCCUGGAAACACUGCUUACUCUGUCUCACUCAAAUAGCCUGUCAACAUUACAGGAGUCUCAGCAGGUACACCACAAACUGCAGGAGCAGAAGGACUUGAAGUCAGAAAGGAAACAGAGACAGGAAGCGGCAGUGAAGACAAAAGAAGCAGAGCCUGGGCUAGCAGUGGAGACCCCAAAAGAGCAUGGGCUAACCCCUGUGAAGCCAGUAAGUGAAGUCAAGGAAAAUAUGCAAAGAGAACUCAAAUUCAAGGAGGGAACAGUAUCCCACAGCAAAAAAUUCUCAGAUGGGAAUCUAGUGAGAUGGGCAUCUGGAGGUCUGGCCUUACAGGGAAUCUACAAAACCAGGCACCAGAGAGAUCUGAUAGAGAAGAGAGAGGAGCUACUCAGUGUCCCCAAAGCUUUCAAAUGCUUUGGUCCUGAACAUGGCACUCGGAUGGAGACAGAGGAGUUCUCAUCAUCUCAGGCAGAAUCUAUAUUCACUCAGACUAUACAGAAGUUGGGCUUCAGUUUAACAGGCUCAGUCAAGGCAGAAGGGUGGGGAUUCAACAUGGAGGCAGGUAGGAAUCACAGUCAACAAGCCGAAUCACGGGAGCAUCAAAAGUCACAUACUCAACACUCUUAUUUCUGCACAACUAAGUUCUGUUAUGUCCCACUAGCCUCUUGCCACUUUCCUAUCGACAAACUUAAGUUUUCCAAAGCUGCACUACAGGAACUGAAAUGCAUUGAAGACCUUCUAGGGCAAUGUGAAGGCACAGACGCCCUCCCUCUGCUUAGGAACAGGACAGAGGCCUUCUUCCACAGGUUUGGCUCUCAUGCUAACAAGGGCCCUCUUCACCUGGGUGGAAUCUACUGGUGGAAGGCUGUUUCAGAAGGUUUCCAAAGGGAACAACUGGAGGAAGUGAAGAAGCAGUCAGCAGAGGCCCUGAAUUUUUUCAUAAAAGGGAGUUACAGUGGCUUCGGAGUGAAUACUGGGGCAAGUGUAAAUAUUUCAAGUGCUAAUUCAAAAAUAUUUUCUGAAAGCAUUACCUUCCAAAAUACCCAAAACAAAGUCCAGCUGUCUGUGGCGUAUACAGGUGGCCCACCAGAAGCAGAUAGUCUUGACCAGUGGAAAGCUGGGCUCAGUGCCAAUAAUCAAACCUGGUGUGUCAUUGAUCGGGGACUCCAACUGGUGCCAAUUUGGGACAUCAUCUUCUCCGAACGACAGCUCGCUUUCCUGCGGGAAGUCUCUUCUCUUAUGGUGGUCCUCAUGUCAACUACUGACAGCAAUAAUGAAAACCGAAAAAUAGUUCGUGACUUGUGCCAGUCAUCAAAACCCCUGAUCUGUUUGCUGGAUGACAAAGAAAAAAUCGUGGUCAAUAAAUCCAGCCAGAAAGUGAGGAUUGGGAUCAAAAACAGAAAUGAAGCAGAUUUAACACAAGAGCUCACAAGUACUAUCAGACGUUUGCUACAAGGAUCUGACACAAUUCGCAGCUUAGAGGACUGUGCUCAGGUUGCCCGAGAGCAAGGAUUCCUAGUAGAUGAAGACCAGAAGGAUUGUCAGGAGGCCAAAGAGAAGGCACAGGCUCUGAAUGUGCUCUUGGGAGAAAUGGAGUUAUCUAAGAUGAAGGAAAAUGUAUUACCCCUUCAAGGAGAGCUAUGGCACCUUUGGUGUAAGAAGGACAAAGAACUCUACCAUCUGAGAGAAAAGGGGAAUAGGAGCAUUGAACAGCACAAGAGUGAGAUUGAGGCAGAGAAGAAAAGAAUAAGGCAACAACAGUUGCACAAAGCCUUUCCUCUGAAUGAUUUAGUACAAUCUGUCCUAGAAAUUCUCCAAAAACAAUCUGAAACUCACACUAAGCUUUACUUCAUUCACUGGCUGAGUGUAUUUUUGAGCAACCUAACCAUGGCACACUUAGAAAAACUUUGUGAAAAGCAAAGUUCUUUGUGGUCACUCAUGGAAACAGAAAAACAAAAAGAUCCAAAGAGUAAUUGGCUCAAAGAAUGCCAGAAACAGAUAGAAGCCAUCGCCAGAGAAAUCAGUGACUGCUCUUUGGGAAUUGAGCACAUUCUCAGGGAAGUUGGACAGAUAUAUGAAGCGCUGGAAGAAGUUUCUUCCACAAGAGAUCUCCUUUUCCUCUCCCUUCCCCAAAUUGCUGCAGAUCUCAUGAUAUCUGGGGCUCCGAUUGAGCUGAUGGAUGGGGACGCGUCUUAUGUGGCUCUGAAAUGGGUGGCAGCUGUUUUUGACAAGAUUUCUGAGAAAAUUGGAAACAGAAAGCUGUUUGUUCUCUCUAUCCUUGGCCUGCAGAGCUCGGGGAAGUCCACCUUGCUGAAUGCCCUCUUUGGGUUACAGUUCACUGUCAGUGCAGGCAGGUGCACCCGAGGGGCCUACAUGCAGCUCCUGAAAGUGGAGGACACGUUCACAGAGGAACUUGGCUUUGACUAUAUGAGUCAUGUGCUAGACUUGCAGAACAAGCUGACCAAUCAGAUUCAGAAUGGAAAAAUUGAGACUCUCACCCCCAGUGAAGUUGAGGUUCCAGUGGGAGAGAAAUAUGAAAGCAUCAAGCAAGACCUUGAAAAAUAUUUCAGUGAAGAUCCAGAUAGUGAAGUAUUGAUUCAGUGGAAAGCAAAUUUUAAAAAUAAGUUGAUAGUCCUUAAAGAGACACUCAUUACAGAAAGUAAGAGAAAAACUAAUGAGCUUCUAUGUUUGAAGAAAAGUCAAGAAAAUCUGGAUGAAAAAAAGUCAAGUUAUUUAAAGGAGUUAUUGGAAAAAAGUCGAAAUUUGGCUUUAACUGUAAAGGGCAAAGAGCUGACAGAGGAAGAGCUAUGCAAGAAGUUCAACCAACUUUGGAACAAAUGGGUCUGUGAUGUGGCUUCGAUUCUCCCUCCAGCCAUGGAACCUGACAUUGAGAUAGACUCUGAAAAUAUUCUUUUGGAAUACUUCAAGAAGGAGAAAAAUAUGGUGGAUGAAAUAAAGAGUCAUUCUGGAGAAAAAUUUCAAAUCAACUAUGACCGACAUAUCCAAAUGUCCAAUGCAUAUUUAGGGUUCAGAAGGCCAUUAGAGCCUCAUGAUACAGAGUCCAUAAUUAUGACAACCGAUCACAUUUAUUCAAGAUUUACUGAAAUUAUUGACAACAUUGAAAAACAAAAAUGUGACUACAAUCACAAUGAUUUUCAUAAAAUCUUUAAAAUGAUAGAUGCAGAGAUGAAAGCUCUACCCACCCAGGACAGAUACAAAUUCACAGUUCAAUACAAAAUUGACUUAUCUUUGUGUUUGUUCAAAAAAGCAUCAUGGAGAUUUAAGGAGCUUCACAAGGCAUUCAAGAGAGCAAAUGAUCCUGUAAACUAUCUAGAGAGCAAGAAAGAGGAUUUCUUCAUGAGUUUUAAGAUCUCCUGCCAAGGAGCGACCUCCAUCACAACCUUUGUUGAUUUUCUGUGGCAUAAGCUCUCACCUGCUGUCUCCACCACCAUUAGGAAUAAUAUGGCUCCUAAAAUUGCUGGAGAUAUGAGAGCGAACCAUCCUGCAUUCAGGGGAAACAGAUCUAACCUGGAGAAACACAUUCUGAUCUCUCUGGCUGAAGAGGAAAACUUUGAUAAGUACUGGCAAUACCUUCACCAUCCACAGUCAUUUUUUAGGGACUACAUUAAACAACAUAGUAGCAGAUACUGUUCAGACAAAAGUGAAACAAUUAAAACCUUUUUAAAAAUCAGUUUAGAUGACAUAAAAAAUGUUAUCCUCUCAGCCAUUCAACAAUCUUCUAAAAUAGCCCACGAUAAAAGCAGCACUGCUUCAGAAUGGCUGGAUUUCUUCUGUGAUCAAUUAGGAAAUAACUUGAUCUUUCCACGAAAAGACCUGGUGGGCAUUGAGCACCAGGAAAUAAAAGAUAUAGAAUUUCUCAAAGCAACUAUGAGUGCAGCUUUGGAACCUACAAUGAAGGGGGUAGAACAGGAUUUUCUGAGAAUGUCUUUAAAGGAUAUCGUUCCUGAAAUUGAAAAAUUGCUCUCUGAACACUUUCGUGGCUGCUGGAAGCAAUGUCCUUUUUGUGGAGCAAUUUGUACAAACACAAUUCCGUCACAUGAAGGAGAACACAGUGUUCCCUUCCACCGUCCUCAGGCUAUAGGUGGAUUCAAAUGGCACCUAACAAAUCAGUUUGUCAUUGAUUUUUGUACUAGUUUGGUAGCAAGUGACAUUUCCUUUCGCUUAAGUGAUGACAGGAGAGUCCCAUAUAAAACCUAUCGACAGGCAGGAGGAGAUUAUGCCACAUGGAGCAUCACCCCAGAUUCAUCCACACAGCCAUACUGGAAAUGGUUUGUCUGUCACUUCAGAUCAAAAGUGGAGGAAAAAUAUCAGCAAAAAUUUGAAGAUAGAGGUAAAAUCCCUGAUGCAUGGUACAAAAUUACAAAGCAAGAUGUGCUUGAAGAUUUGAAUCAAAAAUAA